GUUACAGCCAAUUUUGUGGGCUGAUCUCAGGAUCAUCACGUUUAUCCAGCCCGCACGGGUAUAUUUGAUGCUUCACGACAAUUCUGGAAAUAUCAACGUUAUCUUGCAAGGCGAUCGAGUGAUAAAUUAAGCGAUCAUCGUUCCUGGAUGUUCCCAGCAAGCAGUUCCCCUCAUCACCGUCCGGAAAAAAAGCAGCAAUUCUCGGCUGCGAACCAAUAAUCGUGAUAUCGAUAUAACUACAUCUCAUUUAACACGUCAUCCAAGCUUCCCCACCACUGCCACGUGCUUACGCGUCUGUCCUAAUGUCUUCUGUCGUUUCAGAAAAUGCUGUUUCAGCUCCUCCCGCAAUACAAAGGGAACAUUCGCCGUAUCGAGGCUUCGUCGGAGGCGUUUUCUCGGGGAUCUCAAAGCUGGCCGUUGGACAUCCCUUCGAUACGAUAAAAGUUCGCCUCCAGACGUCGCCGCCGGAGCGUUUCAAGGGUCCGUGGGAUUGCCUCCUGAAGACGUGGCGCCAUGAGUCCUACCGUGGCCUCUACAAAGGCGCAACUCCGCCAUUGGUAGGAUGGAUGUUCAUGGACUCGAUAAUGCUAGGCACCCUUUCCAACUACCGCGCGCUCCUCAAAACCUACGUCUACCACGACAAACCGGCCCUCCCAGUGAUAGGCCAUGCGACGGCAGGAGUAUUCGCCGGCUGGACUGUCUCCUUUAUUGCGGCGCCAGUGGAACACGUCAAGGCUCGGCUGCAGGUCCAAUACCAUCGUGCAGGCUCCACGACCAAGCCGCGCUACAGCGGACCCAUAGAUUGUACACGACAGCUGGUGCGAGGGCAUGGUAUCCAAGGGCUCUAUCAUGGGUUGGGAGCAACGAUGCUGUUUAGAACAUUCUUUUUCGUCUGGUGGGGGUCAUAUGAGAUUUUCUCGAAUAUUCUGAAAGAAAAGACGACGCUGUCAGCUCCCAUGGUGAACUUCUGGGCCGGCGGACUGAGCGCACAGGCUUUCUGGUUGACGAGUUACCCCAGUGAUGUCGUGAAGCAGAGGAUCAUGACGGAUCCGUUGGAGCCCGGCGAGAGGAAGUUCAGACGGUGGAGAGAUGCUGCUAAGACGGUAUACCACGAGAAUGGGUGGAAGGGGUACUGGCGCGGAUUUGUACCGUGCUUCUUAAGGGCAUUCCCGGCCAAUGCUAUGGCGUUGGUUGCAUUCGAGGCGGUGAUGAGGACGUUGCCAUAGUACGGUACUGUCGUAUCUAAUCGUUAUGACUAGAUGAAGGGGAUUUAGAACUGUACAGCAUUCGUCAUAGAUAGACUUCUUUGAGCCGUUCCCGUUCAGUCAUAUUACCAUUGAACAUUCGGCAGUUCUCUAAAUUCUAAAUUCCAUCUGUCGCUGCCAC